AUGAAUAGUAUCGUACCCAAGAGAAAGAUCCGGAUUUCCUGGAUCGUCGAUCCCAACCAGACCAAGGAUCGGCGAUAUGUCAAUAACGACGUCCCGAUCGCCAUUACGGAAGAGAUUUGCCGCGAGGAAGCGGACCGCCUGAAGCUGACUUGCGUCGUCAUCAGGCAGCUUGCCCAUGAGACUCGAAAUGUGUACAAGAACGGCAGGACCGUCACAGUAUACGAUGCUGAAAGUGGGCAGUGGAGGAACGCCCAGCAAAAGGCGGACUCCUACUUCACCGUCUAUAUGGGAGUCAGCAAGAGCCAAGUCUUGCUACAAGGCCACAUCUAUGUCAUCUGGGACCCCGUAGAGUUCGGUAAUCUCAAGAAGAUGACUGACCCCCUCAAUCAAAGGAAAUAUAUCAGCCAAGGGCCAAGGGGGAGGAUGAUUAUCGCUCCUGCGACGCGGCAACUACCGUUCCAUCAUCAUCAUCAUCACCAUACAUCACCAGGAAAAAUCAUGUACCCUCUUCACAUAUAG